AUGAAUGAUAAACCCAACAAAUGGAUUUUUAUCCCAAUUUUAGCCAUUCUUUUUGUCAUGAUUGGGUACCAGUAUGUUUGUCCGGCAGGCGGUCAGGCUUGUCAUUUCAGGACUGGAGACAAACUCGUGAGGAUCGCUCCUCUGGCCACCCCGGACCCAACCACCGACGACCUGUACCGAGAGCAGGACCCGGAGGAAGACAACCCGCCUAAAUGCGCAUCCAAAUUCAACUUUACGGAACGCGACCUGACGCGCGAUGUAGAUUUCAACAUCAAGGGAGACGAUGUGAUUGUGUUUCUGCACAUUCAGAAGACGGGAGGGACCACAUUUGGCAGGCACCUGGUCAGGAAUAUUCGCUUGGAGCAGCCGUGCGACUGCAAAGCGGGACAGAAGAAAUGCACGUGCCACCGGCCGGGUAAGCAGGAGUCCUGGCUCUUCUCGAGGUUUUCCACGGGCUGGAGCUGCGGGCUGCACGCGGACUGGACGGAACUGACCAACUGCGUGCCGGUGAUUAUGGACAAAAGGCAGCCUCCAAAGCGCAAGAGGAACUUCUACUACAUCACCAUGCUGCGAGACCCAGUGUCCCGCUACCUGAGCGAAUGGAAGCACGUGCAGCGCGGAGCCACCUGGAAGACCUCGCUCCACAUGUGCGACGGCCGUUCGCCCACACAGGACGAGCUGCCCACCUGCUACAACGGUGACGACUGGUCGGGGGUCACCCUACACGACUUCAUGGACUGCCCUUCAAACCUUGCCAACAACAGGCAGGUGCGCAUGCUGGCUGACCUCAGCCUGGUGGGUUGCUACAACCUCUCCACCAUGAACGAGAGCGAGCGAAACCCCAUUCUCCUAGCCAGCGCUAAGAGUAACCUCAAAAACAUGGCUUUCUACGGCCUGACCGAGUUUCAACGCAAGACGCAGUACCUGUUCGAGCGCACUUUCCACCUGCGCUUCAUUUCCGCCUUCACCCAGAUCAACAGCACGCGGGCCGCUAAUGUGGAGCUGCGGGACAACAUGCGCAGCCGGAUAGAGCAACUCAAUAUGCUGGAUAUGCAGCUGUAUGAGUUCGCCAAAGACCUCUUUCUGCAGAGAUAUCAGUUCGUCCGUCAGCGCGAGCGGCAGGAGGAGAGAUUGAAGAGAAGAGAAGAGAGACGGUGGAUUAGAGAGCGCAGAGUCAACCAGAGCAAAGAGCCCAUUGUGGAAAACCAAACUAGGGUCACCACCACUGAGGACUACGCCAGCCAAGUGGUCCGUUGGUGA